AUGGAGGAGACCGAUUUCAGCAACCUUGCAGAGCAGGUUGGUGGACUAGUCAACCAAUGUCGACAGUGGAAACAAAGGAAUGCAGAGCUAGAAGUGAAGCUCGAGGAGCAGUCUAGGCGGAUUCAAAUUUUGGAAAUGGAGAAUUUAGACUUACAACGACACAUCGAAACUGUCGAACCGAGUGACACGGCUGAUGACCACAAGGAAAGGCUACUCGAAAACCGACAGCGAUAUGCUCCAAAUUCGGUUAUCCAUGAUUUCAUGGGUAAAGAGGAGAAACCCGAGACUAUUUCUUAUGAGAAUUAUUCGAAUCUAGCAAAGUGUUAUGAACAACUUUUCCAAGAGAAUGCUAGUUUGAUUGAAUCCUUUUUCACAGUGAAGAAGAAGCUGAAGAGCUGCAAAGGCAAGGCCACAUCGUGGAAAAGCUGUGUCGAACGUGAUGCAUUUGAGGUUUAUGUCCAUGGAAAGAAAGUCCUUUUCCGGAGAGAUGAUACUAUUGCAGCUCAUUGUCCACUGAAACAACAUCGUCCGGGGCAGAGGGAGUCGGCCUCAACGUCCGAUAAACUUACAAUCGGACCUCCGGAUCAAAUAUGCCAACCCCAUAUGCAGGAACAAGGCCUUGUAGAGAGGAGUGCGGCUAUUGCAACAUUAGACAGAGACCAAGAACCCCAAUCACCUGUCCUUCCUAGUUCGAAAACUCGAGCUAGAAUGGCUCCAGGAGAAUCGCCGCAGCAACCUUCCUCGGAGCUGGGCUCCUCGGAUAUAAUGUCAACCCAAACCCAGGAUCCCCGGCCAGUUAGAGGGAGGAAGAAGGAAAAUCAACAACCAGUGGUAAAUAAUGCCAAAAACCACCGCGAGACGGGUAGUUUUACCACGCCUAUUACUGUAAAGAGUGAGCCUAUGUCAACUAGCCCUUUCGAGAGUACCCAUAGCACAAACAAUGACAAUGAUAUUGAGGGCGAUGGCGACGAUGACUGCUUGGGCCUGAACACCAGCCAAAAAGACAACCAUGGAAUUACACAAAGGAAGCAUGCUGUUGAUCAUCAACUUGUUCAACUGCCGGGCAACCACUUCCUUGUUUUUGAUGAGAGUGAAGAGCCUGGAAUAGGGUUACCAAGUCUAGGUGGGCGGCAAUUAGCUGGAACCAAACACCGCUUGGCCCUUCAGCCAGUGAAUACCAAUGUUUCUUCUGUUCAAAAUGCAGAUGGGCAUACUCCGAAUCAAGGGGCCAAACGAAGACGGUAUGACCCUAAGGGAGUCCCCAAGGUUCAUGUAGUGGCGGAAGAUGAGGAAGAAGACAGUUAUUUGAAGUUGAAAAAAUCUCACCCUGCCGGCAAGCGGCAUACGAGCUCGGAGACUGAGAAAUAUGAAUCUCCUGCUGCUGGACGCUUGGAAAAUCUUCUAGAAACUGUGCCGCGGCAACGACCAAUACUGAACUCCCCGUUUCGAAACUCUGUAGGUUCGGAUAACGUACCUCCCGGAACCCCAAGUAAAACAGGGCAAAGCUCUAUAACACCCCAAAAACCUCGGUCCCGGAUCAUCGCGGAGUGUAUCCCAUCACCGCGACAACCCCUCCCCCCAAUUUCGAGAAAUUUACGCAGUUCUUCAGAUCACCAACAACCUCGAACCAACGAUGAGGUGCUACCAGAGGAUGAGCCAUUUCGAGCAAGGCCUCUCCAUCGACUCGGGUUUGAACAUUUCAAACUCAACCCAGAAAGAAAUCAGGGACUCGAUUAUGCAUUCGACGAGGUAGUUCGCAGAAAGGACCUGAGGCGUUGUCUUCCAGCCUGUAUCCGUCCAGAAUGCUGCGGAAAAGGCUUCCGCACCCUGGCGAAGCUCAAGGGAUUCGCAACAGCUGGUAAUAUCGAUGCGUCAUUGGAGUACUUAGACCAGGAGGACCGAGAGGUGCUGGAUGAAUACCUGGGCGACAAUAGAGUCGUCUUAGAGACAACGACGGAGAAGGAGCUGCGGGAGUUACUGCUAGAUGCACGAACGAGAUAUCUUGCCAAUAAGUUUGGCAAACACCGACACGCCCAUGAGCGAGCGCGUUCGCCGCCUGGGUUCUGGCGCACGGAUAUGCCUAGCACUCAAGAGCUAGAUCGUGAUCGGGAGGAUGCGAAAAAGGCUGAGCAAGAGAAAUUGGCUGAAAGGCAUAAGGAGGCGAUGAGGCCAGGGGGGAUAUGGAGCGCGUCACGUGGAAUCGCGACCCAGGUCGAGCUCCAACCCCAAAACCAGCCGCAAACCACGAGGAUAGGACGAGGACGUUUUCGAGAAUCUGAGCUUGCUUCAGAGUCCCUUCAUUCCGGCGUCCAACUUCUAUCAUUGUAUCAUGAUUCCCUCGUUUCACGCGUUGUUUCCCAGCUUCCUGCCACCAUUACGCGUCCUAACCCUACACCUCAUGCACGAUAUACCAAAUACUGGUCAUUGCGCUCCUCACUUUACCAGCGGGUAGCUUUAACUCUACAGAUGAUCCAAUAUACGGAAUUACUUUGGGAAAUGAUAGCGCGCCGUCGCGGGGAGAAAAUCCGUUGGCGCGUUGUCGUGUUUAUCGAAGGCGUGAAGGCAUUAUGCCGAUUGGUGUUACUCCGCAUAACGAAUUCUAGACCGUUGGUUUCCCCACCUUUGCCGGAGAGAGAUAUAGACCCAAGAAACCCGGAAGAGGAGGAACUCGUCAACUCAUGUGAUGGCGGGUCGUCCUAUCUUAGCGAAGGAGGGUCAUCUUCGGAGUUCAGUUGGCCGAUGCCAAGGACAGGCCUAUCACUACCGAUUUUACCAGAUGUUAGUGACCUUUCAAACUAUCUCAUAUCCAGAGUCCUUACUGCCGAUGAUAUAAAACCUCCGAAAACUCUCCUUCAUCGAGUCUCCGGGCAGGGACAACUCGCCGAGGUGUUAUAUAUCCUUCGCCCUCUUAUCUACGCACUGGCGCUACAGAAAUGGCGAGACAAAAAGAAGAGCUGGACGCCUUGGCUUAUUGGAUUUGGCAUGGAGUAUGGAUGCAGGCAGCUCGCAAAGAAAGAUUUCCGACAAAGGGUUGCGGGUGGUUUACGGGCCUUAACAGCACUUGAGAGGGAGGAGCUUCAGAAACGGGGUUGGGCAAUGAGUUGGUGGGUGAUGAGGGGCGCGUUUUAUGAAAAUAUUACGAAGGUUUGGCUGCAGAGUUUCGUCAAGAGGCUAGAAAACAAACCAUUGGUUGGACUGAUUGGGAGUAUUGUGGAAGACUACCAAUAUCUCUGGGAUACUUACUACUUCUCGACGACGACUCUCUGA